AUGGAAGAAGUUUUGAGGUUCGGUUGUAAGGGCAAGCUAAGCCCUAGAUUUAUUGGGUCGUAUUGGAUUCUAAAACGCGUGGGACCUAUUGCUUAUCAGUUGGAGUUACCCUCUAAAUUGGACCGUAUUCAUGACAUCUUCCACGUCUUGAUGUUGAGGCGGUACCGUUUUGAUCUGUCCCAUGUAGUCACGGUUGAGGAGAUCGAGGUUAGGCCAGACUUGACCUUUAAGGAGAAGCCGGUUCAGAUCCUAGAUCGAGAUGUUAAGGUUCUGCGAAAAAAGUCCAUUCAACUAGUGAAGGCCUUGGCGAGGUCAAUGGAGUUUGCCUUGCCAUUCGGGUGCAAGGGAGGCAUGCAAGGGAGGCAGUCCUCGGGCAUGGGUGCACUGACGUGA